AUGUCUUCGUUGCCCAUUCGUGUCUGUGUACUUGUCUGCUCCUACGAAGGUUCAGACAGUGAACUGAAGGAGCACGAGGGGGAACUCGUGCAGACACCGCAGCACUACUUCACGGAGGCGGAUUCGAAGGAUGUUGUUUUUACUCUCGAGUUUAUUAAGAAGUCGACUGCCUACCGUCAAAUACGCCAGUUAGUGAAGUCUAGGGCCUUCGAUGUCUUUUACAACCAGUGUGAUGGCGCCAUUGACGAGGACAAAGCCGGCGUGGAUGUGGUGCAGGCACUUGAGAGCUUCAACGUUCCAUUUACUGGGGCCAUUUCCAAGUACUAUGAGUUGUCUAAACCCGAGAUGAAGCGGAUGGCCCACUACUGCGCCAUCAACACGGCCCCAUACGCCGUGCUGGAGUCCGGUGACGACGUGCGGAAGUUGUGCGCUGCGCUACGCUUUCCGUUGAUUGUUAAGCACAUCUCCGGCUACAGCAGCGUGGGCAUGGACAAGUCUUGCAAGGUGCAUACGAUGGAUGCAUUGGAAGAACGGGUGACGCGCUUCAUUGAGCAGUACCAGAUUGCCCUUGUAGAGGAGUUUAUUCCAGGUGACGAGGUGACCGUAUUGGUGUGUGCCGAUGCCACACAACCUGGGGGCAUUCGUAUCUUUCCACCAGUUAUGGUACAGUUCCCGGCGGGGGAGGACUUUAAGCACUUCCAGCUCAAGUGGGAAACGUAUGAAGGGAUGAACUGGCGCUUUGUCUCAGAGGAUGACCCCGCGUUGCCAGAUAUGAUUUGCAUAGCGAAAACGUCAUUUUUGCAUAUGAUGGGGGGCGUGGGAUACGGCCGUGUGGAUAUUCGCAUUAAUCGUGCAACAAACACUGCUGUAUUUCUUGAAAUCAACCCUAAUUGCGGUGUUAUGUAUCCCUACGGGCAGGAAGGCUCGGCAGAUUGGAUUCUGCGGCUUAUGCCAGACUUUAAGCAAAAGGAGUUUGCCAAGCUGCAGAUCCGUGAGGCCAUUCAAAUGCAUGCGUGCAGGCAGCUGCCAUUUCGCUGUGUCUACGAUCCGGUGCGGGCAUAUUACCUUUGCGCCACAAGGGAUAUACCAGUGAACAGUAUUGUUUUUGAGGGGGAAGGACACUUGGUGCGGCUGUGCACUAAACCCUACGUGAAAGCCAAUUGGGGUGAGGUGGAGUACAAUGAGUUUCUGGAUGAUGCCUGGCCUGUUGGGUCUGAGGGUCAUUACUAUGCGCUGUGGGAUCUGCGUUCGUCGGACUGGCGUGCAGUUACCCACUCCUGUGAUCCAAAUGUGGGGUUUUGUCCGAAUCGUUCGCUUAAUGUUUAUGCUCUUCGCAACAUUGCGAAGGGGGAGGAGCUCACGAUGGACUGUAGCCUUUUCAUGGAUGAUAUGAUGCCACCUUUUACGUGCCGCUGCAAGGCAUCUACUUGCGCGGGGAGGAUUCGCAGCAGUAUCAAGAGGGGCCACCCUUCGCUUGAGUCCUGCAAUGGGACUCUGACUCACCGAGAUGGCAAACUAAUCGCACCGCUGGCGGAGGAUUGA